AUAUUUGCCAAAAUUGCCAACCGAUUGUCAAAUUUGUCAACAUGAAGUGUCGAACGAAAUAGUUUUUGCAGUUUUUAACAACUUAUAUUUAAAGAUUUAUUUGUUCUUCCUUUAUCAGUUAAAUUUAGUUAUUUAAUAUAAACUAUAUUCAUUCUAGUUAUCAGCCUAUUCCCAGUCCGUAACAGAACUCAACCACGAUGAGUUUGGAGUCUAUAAAGUAUAAACGAGGGCAUCUAGAAAUUCUAGACCAGCUUCUGUUGCCUCUACAAACAAGAUAUGUCACAAUUAAAGGUGUAGAAGAUGGUUGGAAAGUUAUAAAUAAAAUGCAGGUCAGGGGGGCGCCUGCGAUAGCAAUAGUUGGCUGUUUAUCUCUAGCUGUGGAGCUACUCAACGACAAUUCUUCAGAUAAGAAGAUUAUGCGGCAAGAGAUUGAAGGCAAGCUAAAUUAUCUGGUCUCAGCACGACCAACAGCUGUUAACAUAAAGUUGGCAACUGAUGAUCUUAUAAAUUUAGCAAACACUUUGAGUGCCGACGAAAAUGUUACUCCUAAUGAUUUUAAGGAGAGAUUCAUAAGCAGUAUAGAGGGUAUGUUAACCAAAGACAUAGAAGACAAUAAGGCGAUUGGUCGGUAUGGCUGUGAGACUAUUCUGAAGCAGCUGGACGGUGAUGGUCAAGUGCGAAUCCUCACUCACUGCAACACGGGCUCACUGGCCACCGCUGGCUACGGGACUGCUUUAGGAGUCAUUAGGUCCUUACAUGAGAGUAAAAGACUGGAGCACGUGUACUGCACGGAGACGCGUCCCUACAACCAGGGCGCGCGGCUCACGGCAUACGAGCUGCUGCACGAGCGAGUCCCCGCCACGCUGGUGGUGGACAGCAUGGUCGCCGCGCUGAUGGCCACGCGCAGGGUCGACGCCGUCGUCGUGGGCGCGGAUAGGGUGGCCUCAAACGGAGACACGGCUAACAAGAUCGGCACGUACCAGAUCGCGAUCCUGGCCAAGUACCACGAGGUGCCGUUCUACGUGGCGGCGCCGCUCACCUCCAUAGACAUGUCCCUGGUGUCCGGGGACAGGAUCAAGAUCGAAGUGAGGCCGGAGCGAGAGAUGACGCAUAUCGGGGAGCACAGGAUAGCCGCGCCGGGCAUCAACUGCUGGAAUCCCGCGUUCGACGUGACGCCGGCCAGCCUCAUCACGGGAAUCAUUACGGAAAAAGGAGUUUUCGCCCCAAAUAAGUUAAAAGAACUAGUCCCAGAAUAACGAUUCAACGACGUAUGUUCCUAAAAUGCCUUAGGCUAGAGCUUUAUAAUAUUUUGUGAGCGACAAAUACUGAGGGGUCACUCUAUAAUGACGAAAAACGAAGUUUCGCAGCGCUGCUGCGCGGGCCACGACUCUAUAUCUUUGUAGUAAACGUGCUGAUUGCGAGCUAAACGUGCUCGUUCGUUCGUUUUUCGUCAGUAUAGUGUAACCCUCCUGCAGCGGACACAAAUUUAUAUUGGUGCUAAGUCUUAUUUAAACAAGCUAGUAGUAUCGAGCGACUUCCAAAAGCAACUUACACACAAACUUACAUACACUAGAUAAUUUACAGCUGAAGCUGUCUAUUUUAAUGCUUAUUUUAGUAAUGGAAUUCAGUUAUAUGUCAUAUUCUAGAACCAAUUAUCCAUCUGAUUUUGUCUUUAUCAUUCUAUGUACCUCUUAGUAUAGUAUAUCAUCGAUGUUAAUAACAUUUAUAUAGGUAUUAUGUAUUUGUUUUGCAUGUGACUCAUGGGAAGGCCUAUUCUAAAUAAGAGUUUACUGACUAUUCAAUUUCAAAUUUUAACAUGUGUGGUGCAAUGCCAGAGUGUCGCCAUCUAGCGGCUCUCUUGCGGUUAAAGCGUCAUCUUGCAACGUCCAUUCCCCCCUGUUAAAGUUAACAGUCAUUUGUUCUGGAAUACGACAGUCAUUAUUUUAUAAUUUUGCCCCUAAUUUUUAAGCAAGCAUAGUGUAAAACACAAUUUGCCACCUAAACACAUACAAUAGAACACAUACAUUCUUGAAAGUAUUUUAUUCUAAGUUAUUACCUUUAAAUUCUUCCUUGAUUGUUCCAAUAAACUUGAGAAGUUAUUUCGUAUACGCAUUGCUCAAAUAUGAUAAAUUAAUACAAUAUACACAUAUUUAUGUACUGUUUAGUACCUACAUUUUGAUAUAGUAUUGUCAAACAUGUAAAAUAAAUAUUUUGUAUGGCUAAUA